CGGAGACACUAUGGGCGGGGGAGCAAGAGACUGGAUGGGAGGGAGGGGAGGCAGCGCUGGCACCAGCAUCCGAGCAUCCCGGAGCCCGCUGGACGGAUGCUUGGGAGGAGGGCGCGCAGGGACGGGGGCGGGCGGCAGGGGGAGGAGUGUGCGAAUUGACAUUCGGGGCUGCCUGUGGCAGGCGAGCCGCCGCCAGCCUCUGUCCAACGUUAGCUCAGAGAAGGUGGCGGGCGGGCGUGUGCACCUCUGGGGCCGCGGAUCAGAAUCCGGACCUGGCGGUGGAUGGAGCUCAGGGAGCCUUGAGAGGCAAUGGCAGGACGCAGAUGUGUGUACAGCGAGUGAAUUACACAGGGAUAUCAAAGCCGACUGCAGUAACUGCGUGGAGACAGAGGACAGAAAGGUUUUGAGGCAACCGAUGAAUUGUGAAAGAGAGCAGCUGAGGGGUAAUCAGGAAGCAGCGGCCGCCCCUGACACAAUGGCUCAGCCUUAUGCCUCAGCGCAGUUCGCUCCACCCCAGAAUGGCAUCCCUGCAGAAUACACGGCCCCUCAUCCCCAUCCCGCGCCAGAGUACACCGGCCAGACCACUGUCCCCGACCACACAUUAAACCUGUAUCCUCCUACACAGACGCACUCGGAGCAGAGCGCUGAUACAAGCGCACAGACCGUCUCCGGCACCGCCACACAGACAGAUGAUGCCGCCCCGACCGACGGCCAGCCCCAGACACAACCUUCUGAAAACACAGAAAACAAGUCCCAGCCCAAGCGGCUGCAUGUGUCCAACAUCCCCUUCCGGUUCCGGGAUCCAGACCUCCGACAAAUGUUUGGCCAAUUUGGUAAAAUAUUAGAUGUUGAAAUUAUUUUUAAUGAGCGGGGCUCGAAGGGAUUUGGUUUCGUAACUUUCGAAAAUAGUGCGGAUGCGGACAGGGCGAGGGAGAAAUUGCACGGUACCGUGGUAGAGGGCCGUAAAAUCGAGGUUAAUAAUGCGACAGCACGUGUGAUGACUAAUAAAAAGGCCGUGAACCCCUACACCAAUGGCUGGAAAUUAAAUCCAGUUGUGGGCGCGGUCUACAGCCCCGACUUCUAUGCAGGCACGGUGCUGUUGUGCCAGGCCAACCAGGAGGGAUCUUCCAUGUACAGUGGCCCCAGUUCACUUGUAUAUACUUCUGCAAAUUCUGUUCCAGUGCCUGGCUUUCCAUAUCCGGCCGCCACUGCUGCAGCUGCAUACCGAGGGGCUCACCUUCGAGGCCGUGGUCGCACCGUGUACAACACCUUCAGAGCUGCGGCGCCCCCACCCCCAAUCCCGGCCUAUGGCGGUGUUGUUUACCAGGAUGGAUUUUAUGGUGCAGACAUUUAUGGUGGUUACGCUGCAUACCGCUACGCCCAGCCCACCCCUGCCACUGCCGCUGCCUACAGUGACAGAAAUCAGUUCGUCUUCGUUGCAACAGAUGAAAUUUCUUGUAACACCUCGGCAGUUACGGACGAGUUUAUGCUGCCGACCCCUACCACCACACACUUGCUCCAGCCCCCACCUACGGCGUUGGUGCCAUGAAUGCUUUUGCGCCCUUGACCGAUGCCAAGACUAGGAGCCAUGCUGAUGAUGUGGGUCUCGUUCUUUCUUCAUUGCAGGCUAGUAUAUACCGAGGGGGAUACAACCGUUUUGCUCCAUAUUAAAUGAUAAAACCAUUAAACAAACAAACAAAAAACAAAACAAAAACAAAAAAACCAACCUUCCAAUGUGGGGAGAGAGGAAGCUUUCCGAGGCCCGAGUGUUGCGACACAUGCAGUAGGACAUCACUUUAGCAACUCAAAGAAACAACUAAAAAAAAAAAAAUCAAAAAAAAAAAGAGGAAAAAUUACAUUUUUUAUCUUAUACCUCAGAUAUUUUGUUCUGUGUAUUUUAAUAUUGUGGGUCUUUGGUUUCUGAAGGUUUUUGUAGUUCAGUUGCUGGCUGUAGGAGUUUUUGUGGUUGAUCUAGAGAGAGGCUAGAUAUAAAUAAAAACCGAUUUAGGGCCAUAUCCAGAGUGCUAUAUUAUGUAAAUGGAUUAUAUAUGCCGAACAUGAAGCUACUGGGGUUACGCUGUUUGGGAAGACUAUAAGUGGCAAGUCAUUCUUUCUGCAUCUAUAUUAUUUUCUUCUGUGAAAGGGGAGGCCGGGAGGGGCUUAGGGGUUUGGGACUGGGGUUUGGCUGAAAGGAAAAAAAAAGAAAAUAUAUAUAUAUAUAAAUACAUAUAUAUAGUAACUGAUGAAUCUAAAUGACCCACUGCACCAACUAUCAUAAAUCUAUGGUUCGAAGUUACUCCUGGCAAAGGCAAGCCAAAGGCUGUGUUAAGAAUCUGCUUCUUAUAGCACGGAGAUUGCAGUUGAAGGAAGCUGUGACAGUCCGCCCUCUUAUCAUUCCACCGCAGUACGCAGCUUCUUACCUACCCACUAGUUAUUUAAGCCAAGGCUACUAGUUAGGCCAUCAAUAAGCAUUCUUUUUAUAUUUCUUCCAGUAUGAGAAAUUAUUGAUAUCACUGCUGACUUUUAUAUUACGGGAGGGAAAAUUAACAUUAAUAAAAAGGUGAUAAAAAGCACUGUUUCUAUUUUUUUCUUUUUUUCCAAAAAAGAAAGUAAUAAAAACUUAAAUUCUUUGUACCAGUUAAAAAUAUGUAUAAAAUUUACAUCUGUGCAGUGGAGUUAUGUUCUAGAAACAGUCUCUGAGGCUUUAGUUUUAGCUUAGUAGAUUAACUGUUAGAGACAGACGUAUAAUUUUUAUGGAAUUACAUGAUAAUCAUAUCUGGAUUUAUAGUCGCAUUUUACAAGUAUCGCAAUCAUUGAAUAGAGAUAAUCACGGUAUUUUCAUCAGCUUGAUACUUUUUGAAAACAUGACUGCGCUGUGAGCAACUUGCAAUUUUUCAGUCUGUGAGAGCCUGCCCUUCCUUCUCCCCAGUGCCCCAGGGUUAUGUUAAACUGGUGUCUUUACUUCUAUGCCAAGGCCCAAGACAAUUGUCAGAAGGGAGCAAAAACAAGACAAAAAACAAAACUAGAACCAUGCCCUCCUUCCCCAAAGAGCAGUGGAGCAGGGCCAGAGCAACACUGCCGAAAAAUUGCAGCUUGUGAAUUUCUUCUGUUUGAAUCCCCCCAUGUUGUCCUGUUUACAAGUUAACCUAAGUUGGGGUAUCUGUCAUGGGUCUUCCUGUUUUUGUAUUUAAAUUCUAAAAUAUCAGCAAGCUGUUCCCUGAGUAGUGUUUUUGCCUGUGUGUGCAGUGCCGGCCCCACGGCACGCACUUUAGUAAGUUAUCAACUCACGCUGUGAACCUGCCAAUCUGCUGUAACAACUCUGCUUUAAAAUCAAAACCAAACAAAACUUUAAAAAGAAAAAAAAAAGUGUUUGUGAUCCAGCUUUUCCUCAUCAUCCUACGUGCAUGCCCGUAAGAUCGGUUGGAUAUUAAACCAUCAAUAAAGUUUCAUGAGAUUUGAAAACAAAGUUUUCGUAGCUUCGAUAUCUAAGACCAGAGGAUCAUGGUUUGGGAGAGGAAGAAAAGCAAGGGGCGAGGAGGGGAAGGGAGAGAGACUGCUGAACUGGUGAGAAGAGGAAAAAAAAUCUAGGAACUGGUCUUCUUUCACCAGACCUCUUUGAGUAGGGAGAGAUGGGGCCAGAGGGGGACAGGUUGACAACAUCACGUUCCCACUCCCCUGGCCUGCUACAGUGCGCACCUGGUUGAUGUUACCCAAGGCAACAAUUUAUCAUGAUGCCGUAGCAUUCGACCCCAGAUGGGGUCAAGGUAAUAAUAGGAAGGGGCUGCACAAAGGUCAACAGACUCCUCCCAGUCGCCCCAGCUUUCCAAGCCUAGAACCUGCAUUGUGUAUGAAAUCACAAACAUGGAAUUCUUACUGUGCUGGCUAAAGUAAAACUCAUUUGCGGUUUUGAUUUCCAUCAACGAACUGUACUUUCCCCCACGACCGUAUGUAGUUUUAAUAAAAAUCAUUUAGAGCAAGUGGGUGCCAACCGAUGUCGCAGAACCUUUUGUCUAGGCACUCCGCUGAGCUGCCGAUAAGUCGUUUUAAACUGUCAUGUCAGAGGUGUAAACAAACAUUUUGGAUUUUUUAAAACAACAGUAUUUAUUUGGAAUGUUUUCAUUUAUCUAAAUAACUAUUGCUAUUAUGAAUUAUGGAAAAAAGAUUAAUGUGGCAUAUAGUGACUUCUUAACACACAUCACUCAAUCUGCAAACCCAGAAAAUGUGUAUAUCUGUCUUUAGAAAUUAGUGUUUAUAUCACUUACAGUGGUUUGUGAAUAAAGAAAACUGGUUUGUAAUAUCAAAAAAUAAAAGCUUAGUCUGAAAAGGUACCUGUAA